CUCGGCUAUCGGUUGCCAGAAAAUUUGAACGACACAACACUGAUUAUGUAUACGUCAGGUACUACUGGCCAACCGAAAGCUGUAUGCAUAUCCCAUCAUCAGCUAUACUCCAGUGCCCGAUCACUGUUGAGCGUUACCACCAACGAUAUGACCAACGAUGUCGACCGACAUAUCCAUAUAUCUUACUUACCGUUGGCUCAUAUGUUAGGCUUUUCGUUGGACUCGUUUUGCUUUUUCUGUGGCGUCAAAAUAGGCUACAGUUCUCCAUUUACAUUGACCGAUACAUCGCCAAACUUGGCCAGUGGCCAACAGGGCGAUCUAAAAUUACUUAAGCCAACAUCUAUGCCGGCCGUACCGCUUGUGUUGGACCGACUGCUCAAAGAUAUCAACGAAAAAAUACGGUCGGCGUCGCCAAUAGCCGGUCCUCUGUUUGCUUAUCUAAUGCAAUAUAAGAUACGUUGGACUCAGAGAGGCUAUCGGACGCCGAUAAUCAAUAGGCUGUUAACCAAUCGGAUCAGUGAGGCUAUGGGCGGCCAAUUGGAGCAGUUUAUGAUAGGUGGGGCCCCAUUGAAUCCACAUAUCAAUGCCUUAAUGAGAGCUGCACUAAAUCUUAAGCGUUUAUCGAUUGGAUACGGUGCCACCGAAACAACUAGCGGUGCUAUCGGUACGUAUGGCAACGAUUUUCAAUACGAAUCGGUUGGCUGUCCUGUUUACGGUAUCGACAUAAAACUGGUCGACUGGCCAGAGGGAGGCUAUUUGACUACCGAUCGGCCACGAGCUAGGAGUGAGAUACUGAUCGGCGGCGAUAUUGUUAGCAAUGGCUACUUCAAAGAACCAGAGCUGACGGCACAGGUGUUUCAAGUGGACAGUGACGGCCAGCGAUGGUUUCAAACGGGAGAUAUUGCCGAAGUUAGCGACGACGGUAUGUUCAAAAUAAUUGACCGCAAAAAAGAUCUGUCAAAACUGUCUAAUGGAGAGUAUGUAUCAUUGGGAAAGAUUGAAGGGACACUAAAAUCAUGCGAUUUUGUCGACAAUAUAUGUAUUGUUGUUAACAGCGAAUACAGCAAUUGUGUAGCACUGGUAACACCUAAUCGUCGGGCUAUCCAUAAACUGGCCAAACAAUUGGGACUAAUUAACAACAGUGAUAGUAAUAAUAAUUGGGAACAACUGUGUAUUGAUAGUCAAAUUGUCGACACUGUACUCCAAGGUCUAGCCGAUACUGGCCAACAAAAUGGUUUGACCCGCUUGGAGAUACCAGUGCGCUGUAGACUAUGUCCUGAGGAGUGGUCACCCGAUAACGGUAUGAUUACAGCGGCCAUGAAAUUGAAGCGCAAUGUUGUUAUGGAUUACUAUAAACCAGAUAUCAAUGCAAUGUUUGAUACAAUUCAAUGAUUAAUAAUUAUUUAGGUUUUAAAAAAUGUUUUUUUUAUUAAAUAUAAAGU